AUGUCUACUCGCAAGAGAAAGAAUGAAGCCGAGGAGGAGCUCCAAGCCCUUCCCAGCGAUGAUAGUGAAGAGGAAGAAGAGUAUGAAGACUCGGAUGUUGAAGCAGGCUUGAGUGACGAGGGUGAGGGCGACGAAGAAGCCGAAGCCGAAGAAUACUCCGAUGAAGACGAGGAGGGAGAGGAAGAAGGCAAAGACGAAGGCCCUCCUGCAGCCAAGAAGCAAAAGACUAAGCCCGCUGGUGAUGACAAACCUGCCAAUGGCGAUAAGGUCGAGGAGGAGGGACUCGAGGGUGAAGAUGAUGAGGAAGAGGAGGUGGACUUGGGUGAUGAGGAAGAUGAAGACGAGGAUGAUACCGCAGAGAUGAGUGGUCCUGCUGCGGCUGCUGUCAAGGCCAAGGGUGAUGUUGUUCCUAAAGAAUCGGAUUUGGUUGAGAUCGAUGACGAGGACGAGGAAUAA